CUUACACAAAACCACCAAUCAAAACAAGCUGACACCAUUCAAUCAAUCAACAAACCAAUGGCAAAGAGUGAGGCAUUAGUGCUAGACUUUUGGGUCAGUCCUUUUGCAAUGAGAGUGAAGAUAGCAUUGGAAGAGAAGGGAGUGGAGUAUGAGUCAAGGCAUGAAGAUGAUUUACUUGGAAACAAGAGUGAGUUGUUAUUGAAGUCCAACCCAAUACACAACAAGGUGCCAGUGUUAUUGCAUGGAGGCAAACCAGUUUGUGAGUCUCUGGUUAUACUUAGUUACAUUGAUGAUGCAUGGCCUCAACCACCUUUCUUGCCUUCAUCUCCUUAUGACCGUUCUGUUGCUAGGUUCUGGGCUGACUAUGUUGACAAGAAGUUAUUUGAGGCUGGAGGAGAGAUAUGGAGAGCACAAGGAGAAGCUAAAGAAGCAGGAAAGAAGGAAUUGUUUGAGGUCUUAAAAAACUUGGAAGGAACACUGGGAGAGAAUGACUACUUUGGAGGUGAAACAUUUGGGUUCCUGGAUAUUGUUAUCAUUCCCUUAACAUCAUGGUUCUAUGCAUAUGAGUAUCUUGGGGGGUUCAAGAUAGAGGAAGAGUUUCCUAAAUUGAGUACCUGGAUCAAGAGAUGCCUGCAGAGACAGAGUGUUGCUAAAGUGCUUCCAGAGCCAGCCAAACUGCUUGAGUUUGUGCGCAUGAUCAGAAAGAUGAAUGGACUUGAGUGAGUGAAUUAUGUGGAGUUGCUAUGAAGAAGAACAAAAGAAAUAAGGAACCUGUUAGUAUUUGUACUGAACAAUAUGCAUCUAAUUUGAUAAUAAAAGAAGUGUGUCAAUGUUUAUGGCACAAGAUCAAAAUACAUGAUAGAUGAUACAACAAACUUAAAAAUUGACAAAAAAAA